UACCACAUCAAUAUAUAUAUACAUAUUAGUAAAAUUCAGGAAUCUUGUUUUUUUUUAAACACUUAUAAUGGGUUUUUAACAUACCUCCAUUUUGACAAGGAAAUAUGGCUGCAAUUUAGAAUUUAGACAUUUUUCCGAACUCUGCACUCUAGUUUGAUUCAUUCUACAAGAUGGCUGAUAGUGAUGAUGAAUUUGAAAGGAAAAAAGGACGUGACAAGUUUAGAAGAGAACGGAAUGACUAUGAACGACGAAGUGAUGACAGGAGAAGGGAAAACUGGGAUGAUCGAAGACCAUCAGUAAGAGGAGGACAACGCGGGUGGCGGGGCGAUUCAGGCGGUAUGAGACGUGAUAUGUGGUCUGGGCGGGGAAGUAACAUGAGGGACAGGCGUGACAUGUACACACGUCCCUAUGAUGAUAGACGUAGAGAAAGGUACAGUCCUAACCGGUAUGACAAUAAUCAGCACCCUGCUAAACGCAUGAGGAGAGACUGGGAUGACGGAGGAUACUCUGGGGUGUAUGAAAGCCCCUUUCAAGUUAGCAAUGGGCCACCAGGCAUUGACAGAUCAACUUGGGCACCUAGAGGCAUGGAAGUUAGUAAUGGGCCUCCAGACAGGGCACCUUUUGGAGAAAGGCGAGAAGCUGGUGAUCCUGAGUAUCCUACCCAGCCGCCAAUGAUGACAUUCAAACAGUUUCUUAGUAAACAAGAUGACACCAUUUCACAGGAUGAAGCUAUCAAACUGUUUGACGAUUACAAACUGGAAUUCAAACGCCAACAAAUCAAUGAGUUUUUUUUGGCUCAUAAAGAUGAGGAAUGGUUUAAGUCCAAGUAUCACCCUGAAGAGUGUGAGAAGAGGCAGGUUGAGGUAUGUCAUGCCCUCCAGGCUAGGAAAAAAGUGUUUGAGAUACUUAGAGAGAAACAUUUUCUAGAUGGUGUCUCUGUAGAUGUAGAGAGUACAGACAAGCUGAUUAAAAUAUUGGACGCAGCUGUGAUUCUGCUAGAAGGAGGCAAUGAUCUUGACCUUACAAUUUUGGACAACCCAUUGGAAGAACCAAUGGAACGCUCAAGACAGAAUUCUGAAACUGUUGCCACAACUCCUAUCAAAAAUGAAAAGAAAACAGAUGGGGAAGAUGGUGAAUUAAAUGAUUCAAAUGAUAAAGGAGAGCUAGAGGACAAGCCUGAUGAGCAGGAGAAAAAAGAUACAAAAGAUCUGACUUUAGAGAUGACUAUCUCCCCUGAACAAGAAGAGUUAAAGAAGAAAGCCAUGGAGUAUCAGAAACAACAGGAAGCACUUGCAGCAGAAGCCAAGGCUCAACGAAGAAAGAAAAAGAGCAUGAGGAAAAAGUCAGAUUACAGCUAUGAAACUGACAGUGAUACAGGAUCUGAGUCUGAUUCUGAUCCGGAGCCUGCUCCUCCAGGCUUGGAAGAUGAUCCCAGCCCUGCUGAUGCAGAAACUGAAAAAAUGGAAAAGGAACAAAUUGCUGAUAAUGUUAUAGAUAAUAAGGAAAAAGAAGCUGCUGAAGAAAAAGAAAGGGAAGAAAUAGCUGAACCCAAGCCCAGACCUCUGCACAAAACCAACUCUAUCUUCCUUCGUAAUUUAGCCCCUACAAUAACCAAACAAGAAGUGGAAGCUAUGUGUAGGCGUUACCCUGGAUUCAAAAGAGUUGCCCUACAAGAUCCUCAACCUGAAAGACGUUUUUUCCGAAGAGGUUGGGUAACUUUCUCUAAGGACUGCAAUAUCAAAGAUGUCUGCUGGAGUCUGAACAAUAUCAGGCUAAGGGAUUGUGAGCUUGGGGCUACUUUAAAUAGAGAACUCAAGCAGAGAAUUCGUGCUGCGAAUGGAAUAACUGUUCAUAAACAAGUCAUGAGAAAUGAUAUCAAGAUGGCUGCUAAGAUUAUACAGAUCCUGGACAAAAAAUACAAACUCUGGGAGGAUGUUGGUGAAGAGAAAAAAGAUGAAGAGAAAGAGCAGCAGUUUGGUUUUUUGUCCAAAAAUCCAGUGUUAAAAAAUAUCACAGAUUAUCUUGUGGAAGAAGGAAGCUUUGAGGAAGAUGAGCUUAUUGGUGAACAAGAUGAAGAGAAGAAAGAUUCUAACCCAGAGGUCACAGUUGAGAAAGAUGAUUCUCUAGCCCAGGCUUUGGAUCGAAUGGUUAUCUAUCUGAGACUGGUACAUUCCAUCGAUUACUACAGUGCAAAUGAAUACCCAAAUGAAGAUGAAAUGCCUCACCGCUGUGGAAUCAUGCAUGCUCGUGGCACUCUCACUGGAUCUAGUGCAAAGAUAACUCAGAAUGAUGUGAAUGAAUGGAUCAGUAAUUUUGAUAAGAAAUUGAAACAGUUCCUAGAGGUUACCCAGCAGAUAACUGAUACUGAAGCUACCCAGCUAGGCAAGAAAAACCCAGAUGUAGAAGUGGAGAAAUUUGUCCAAUCUAACACACAGGAGCUUUCUAAAGAUAAAUGGUUAUGUCCACUUUCUGGUAAAAAAUUCAAGGGCCCUGAUUUUGUCAGGAAACACAUUUUCAAUAAGCACCAAGAAAAGAUAGAGGAAGUCAAGCAAGAGGUCAAGUUUUUCAACAACUACUUGCUUGAUCCCAAGCGACCAUCUUUACCAGAGCAUCCAAGCUCAAGACCAAAGCCUCCACCUCCUGCCCCUUCCCCACAACCCCAGGUACCCAUGGCCCAAAGGACAGACCCUUAUGGCUACACAUCUCCUGUGACAAUGGGAGGUUAUGGGAUGUCUAGACCACAAAUGUUUGCUGGGAAUGGAAGUAUGGGUGCUGCUUACCAAAGUCCAUUUCAAGUGAGAGACUCCAGACCUGCACCAGAUCCCUUUAGAAGAACAAAUUUUGGUGGUGCUACCAGGCCAUACCGCCGCUCUGACCCCAGGCAGCUAAUUCAGUAUACAGAUCUGGAUGCUCCUGAAGAAGGAGACAUAUUUUAGCUGUUAUUACUGCUUUGUAUGUUGAACUUGUUCACAAAUGUUGAUCAUCAAGCUCCAUUUUGAAUUGGCUUGGGUUGGAUGUUAAAGGGAGGAUGCUAAAAGUGAAUGCAGUUCUCAUUUUGUUGUUUCUUAAUCUGUAUGGAAAAUUUUUAAACUUUUGUUAAACAUUGUAUAGAUAGGAAUAUAGUCAUUAAAAAUGUUCAUGUUUAAAGCAUUGAUAAAAGUUUCUGAAGCGAAUAAGUGGUACUUUGUCAUUGAACACAUGUAAGUCAUAUGGCAUAGUCUUGUUACGUGGUUAAUGUGCUGAUAAAUUUACAGUUUUAUGUAACAAUUUCAUAAUAAACAUUACAAGUACUGAUUUUA